GUAUUUUUGUUGAUGCUGUAAAUUCCGUGGGCCAGACUUCUCUCUUCAUUGCUGCAUUGCUAGGUCUUGGUAAAAUAGUGGAUUUGCUGUUGAAUUAUGGCUCAGAUGCUAAUCAUCGCUGUUACGAUGGAAGCACUCCAGUCCAUGCAGCUGCGUUCUCAGGAAAUCCAUGGAUUCUUAGCAAGUUACUGGAUGAAGGAGGUGAUCUGAGAGUACAUGCUAAAGAUGGAAAAAAUCCUCAGAACUGGGCUAUGUCAGCUGGAAAAGAAAGCAGUGCUCAGAUGCUGGAAUUUAUACAGCGUUGUACAUUCCACAUGCAGGCUGCCAUUCAAAAUUUUCCCUCUGAGCUACUCGGGAAGGUUGGCUCAUCAAAAGCGCUGAUCUGCAGUCCGUCUAGGUUUGGUGGUCUUGUUCAAGGAAAUGUUGACAGUCCUCUGGGUAGACUUCUGAAAGGUGGAGCCAAUGCAGCCAAGAACAUGUAUAGCUUUGGUUUUGGGAAGUUUUAUCUUGCAGGCAGCGGGCAUCUAGGGUACUUGGCAUCUCUCCCUAUUAUUGGGGAAAAAGACGUGGUUCAGGCAGAUGAUGAGCCAACAUUUUCUUACCAUGUUGGACCAUACAUGAUCAUGACAAACUUAAUGUGGGGAGGCAGCAGAGUUACAGUGAAGGAACUCAGCUUUGAGCCCCAUCAGAACUGUAGUAAACAACGUUUAGCUGAUCUUCUCAUUGCAGAGCAGGAACAUAGUAGUAAACUCCGUCAUCCUCAUUUGCUACAGUUGUUGUCUGUCUGUCUGUCUAGUGACUUGGAGAAAACCCGUUUAGUAUAUGAAAGGGUUAACUUUGGUUCUCUGUACAGCAUCCUUCAUGAAAGGCGUACAGAAUUCCCGGUACUGCACAUGGAGACGAUUUUGCACGUGCUGCUUCAAAUUAAUGACGCUUUGCGCUUUCUACAUUCCCGUGGAUUUAUCCACCGUUCGCUUACCUCCUAUGCUAUCCAGAUUGUUUCUUCUGGUGAGGCAAAGCUGUGCAACUUGGAAUACAUGAUAGAGAGCAAAGAUGGCGGAGAACACAGUGAUCUGACACGUAUUCCUAUCCCAGUCCAGCUGUAUAAGUGGUGCUCUCCUGAAGUAAUCCUUGAAAAAGUUGUCACGGUCAAAUCGGAUAUUUAUAGCUUCUGUACAGUGGUGCAGGAGGCCUUGACAGAGACCCCUCCCUGGAAAGGUCUUGAAGACUCAGUUAUUAAACCACUCAUAAUUUCGGGACAACAGUUAGAAGCAGAUGUCAGACUUCCUAUGCCCUAUUACAGUAUCGUAAAGUCAGGGCUAGAACCUAAACAGAAGAACCGCUCCAUGAAACUUCAGGAUAUUCAAUAUAUACUGAAAAAUGACUUAAAGGACUUAACUAAAUCUCAAACUGGUCAUGCUGAUGAAAUGUCAAAAGCACAAAGACCCGCUGUUUUUGCAGAUGUGAAUAUCUGUUUGGCAUCAGCUGUUAGCUACCAGAAGAGAACACAGGAAUUGCAGGGAAAAGAGAUAACCGAGGCUGGCAGCUCUAAUGCCCCAAGAUACUCUCUUUUACCUGAGGAGAAUAGUGCUUUAGUGGACCAAGAGGCAUCAACCAGUCUACAGCCAGUUGCACAGGAUGAAAAUCGUGAUGUAUCUUCUGAACUCCUGACGACCCUCAGUGUCAGUGAUGUGGAUGACAGCCUCUGUAGCUUCGAAAUCAAUGAAAUCUUUGCCAGUUAUCUAGAACUUCACGACUUCCUGGAAGAAGGAGCUGGAUUAGGUCAAACUCUAAAGGAUGAAAAAAGGCAGCAAAAGGAAGAAAAUAAGGCUACCCUCAGAGACCUAUAUGCAUCCCCCAGAGUGCCCUGUGAGGAAAAGCCAGUUUAUGAGGAAGGUGGCUUUUCAGAAUCGGGUACAGAGUACACUACAGAAGAGGAGGAGAGGAUAAGUGAGGCCUCUGACUUAUACAUGCUGGCACAGGUGAGAGGAGAUGCUGGGAGAAGAAUGAGUAGUCUGUCCCAAAAGGAGCUGCAGUACAUCAGCAAAUGUGUCCUUGAUUUAAAGAUUGCUCAAAGCAUGUUGCAGCAGGCAGCAGAUUCUCUGUGCAGAACAGAGGAGAAACUGGACAAAUUAGGGGCCACUGAAAAGCAAAAGAAGCUGCGCCAGGAAAUCAGAAUGAAUCAGCUUUCUAAGCAAAUUUUUCAAGAAAGACACUGGAGCAGUUCUGAUGAUACUUCCCAAAAUACCAAUAACCCUUUUUCUGGAGUUAAUACUUUUUUGUGGAAGGCUGUAGGUCCACCAUCAAGUGACUAUAUUCCACCACUGUUAAGAUGUCAGGCACAAGGAGCAUUGAGUGGAAACAGUUUCCAAGCUGUUUCAAAGACAGCAAAGGAAAUGGAGGCAAUUCAAAAUGAAAAGUGGAAGUGCUUUCAUGAGAUGAGUAAGAGUAAAAAUGAAAACAACCGUCAUGAUCUCAGCUUCAGUGUGGUGAAAAGCCUGGAUGAUCAAAUGAGCCUAGACUGUGAGGUAAAUCAGCAUCUACUCCCACGUGUAUCUGUAAGAUGCAAAAAUAAGUUCAAUUUGCAGCAUCAGAGAGAAGGUGAUUCACAUUCUGCAGCAAGUGGAAGUAAAGAAGAGAGGUGGUGCUAUCCGAAAUCAAGAACUGAAAUUUACAGUACCGAAAUAAAUGAGGACAGAAGGAUGAUGCAAUCAGAAUGGAGGACUGAAGUAAAGCAAAUGGCCAGAAGAGUGGCCUUAGGACAACUACAACUUGGCUCUCCAUAUCCAGCCAGUGAAUGUACAUCUGAAAGUGAAGCAGAGAGUAUAAAGGAAGCCUUUCAACAUGUCACUGUUAGAGUCCAAAAGAGUCAAGACCCACAAAGAUAUAGGUGGCAGACAGGUGAUAAUGUUGAGCCUUGGGAUCUGGGCAGUGAGGGUAGAUCUGAAUCUGAGGAGAGUGAUCUGGAGUCUGCAUUCAGAAGUUCUGGAGGGAGAAGUUGCCAGUCACCAUCACAAGAUGAACAAGCAGAGUUUGGAAUAGCCAUUCAUAAGAAUUCAGUCCUUCCUCCACAAGUUGAGAAUCUCUCUAGAGGGCAUUCAAGGGAAUUACAUUGUUCCCUUAAUUCAUCUCUUGAGGUGUCUGAAGAAUUCUUGACUGCUGAUCCUGAUUAUUUCCUUCCUCCUACUACUCAGGGAAGUUCAGCACUAGAGACUGCAAAUGCUGAGGGCAAAUUAGAAGAUACUUGUGAAGGAUUUUUACAGAAACAGUUGCCUGAAGAUGCAGGAUCAGGUGUUCAAGUUUCAGGAGGAAGUAUACUGUUCUGCAGCACAGCAGCACAGAACUCCGGCAAUAACACACAAGGAGUGAAUCAAUUUAGCCAUAUGCCUGUAGCCAGUGUUGAAGCAGCCCAAGAAGUGAUACUGUGGGAGCCACAGGAGGAACACAAAGAAAAAGAUGUAUCAGUGACAGAUAUUCAGGAUUUGUCGAGUAUCCCCUAUGAGCAAGAGAGCUACUACAGGGAUAUAGAUUGUAAAACGCCUAGAGUGAGUCAUGCACCAACGAGCGUCAGCACUCCACUCAGCUCAGAAGAAAAAAUUCCAGUAGCCUUUGAGAAAUACAAACACUGCCAUGAAGUAGCUUCAGAUUGUUCCUUUUGCGGUUCUCAAGAGAUCUCUUCUGCAGCGUCCAGGACAUUCACUACAGCCUAUGAAGAGGGAAGGAGCACUGAAAUUCCUUCUGUUGCUUGCUCAUCUGAAUUGAAUGAGCCU